CCGGCAUGCUCCGCGCACCCCCUGGUUGGCCGCGGCGCCGCACCACGUGACUCGGCGGCGGCAGUUGCCAGGGCAACGGCUGGAGCCUGGCGGUGCGGCGGUGCUGCGGGGCGGUGCGGGGGCCUGCGGCCGGGCUACAGAGACCUUUGGCACCCACAGUGGCACUGCAGUAUGGGGGACAUUCUGGCUCACGAAUCUGAGUUGCUGGGACUGGUGAAGGAGUAUUUAGAUUUUGCUGAAUUUGAAGACACCUUGAAAAUAUUUUCAAAGGAGUGUAAAGUGAAGGGAAAACCCCUGGGUAAACCGGCUGGUGGCUCCGGAAGGGACUGCAAAUCACUGCUGAUCCAGAAGGACUUCCUUGCUGCUUUUGACAGUGGAGAGCAGAAGGUGUUCUUCGACUUGUGGGAGGAGCACGUUCCUGCUGCCAUCCGGGCCGGCGACUCCCUUGCCCAGAAGCUGGAGUUCUACCUGAAUAUACACUUCGCCAUCUACCUGCUGAAGCAUGGCACCGGGAGGCCUGACAAAGAGGCACUGAACCACAGGAUUUCUUACUUCAAGACCUACUUGGAGACCAAGGGGGCAGCCUUGAGCCAGACCACCGAGUUCCUCCCCUUCUACGCGCUGCCAUUUGUCCCCAACCCUCGGGUGCACCCCUCGUUCAGAGAGCUCUUCCAGGACUCUUGGACUCCAGAAUUAAAACUGAAGUUGGAAAAUUUUCUGGCCUUAACAUUUAGAGCCAGUAGCACUCCGAAGCUGUUAACAUUGUACAAGGAGAGUGGACAGAGUAACAAAGAUUCGCUCCAGCAGCUCCACCAGCAGCUGGUGGAAGCUGAGCGCAGGGCCAUGACAUACCUGAAGCGUUACAACAAGAUCCAGGCCGACUACCACAACCUCAUUGGGGUCACAGCCGAGCUGGUGGACUCACUGGAGGCAACGGUCAGCGGCAAGAUGAUCACCCCAGAGUACCUCCAAAGCGUGUGUGUUCGCCUCUUCAGCAACCAGAUGCGGCCCAGCCUGGCUCACAGCGUGGACUUCACGAGGCCUGGGACGGCUUCAACCAUGUUAAGAGCCUCCUUGGCCCCCGUGAAAUUAAAGGAUGUGCCCCUGCUGCCCUCGCUGGAUUAUGAGAAGCUGAAGAAGGACCUGCUCUGGGGGAGCGACCGCCUGAAAGCUUUCCUGCUGCAGGCUCUGCGCUGGCGCCUGACCACGUCCCACCCCGGGGAACAGCGGGAGACAGUGCUGCAGGCCUAUAUCAGCAACGACCUCCUGGACUGCUACAGCCACGGCCAGAGGCGAGUGCUCCAGCUGCUGCACUCCAGGAGCGAGGUGGUGUGCCAGUACACAGCCAGGCUGCUCAACGCCUUCGCAUCCCUGGCGGAAGGUCGCCUCUACCUCACCCAGAACACGAAGGUGCUGCGGAUGCUGGAGGACCGGCUGAAGGAGGAAGACAAGGAUGUGCUCACACGGGAGAAUGUUCUGGGCGCCUUGCAGAAGUUCAGCCUCAGGCGCCCACUGCAGAUGGCGAUGAUCCGCGACGGCCUCAUCUUCUGGCUGGUGGACCUCCUGAAGGAGCCUGACAGCCUGUCAGACUACACACUGGAGUACGCAGUGGCCCUGCUCAUGAACCUGUGUCUCCGAAGCGCAGGGAAGAACAUGUGUGCCAAGGCGGCAGGUCUGGUGCUGAAAGUCCUUUCGGAUCUGCUUGGCCACGAGAACCACGAGAUCCAGCCAUACGUGAACGGGGCUCUCUACAGCGUCCUCUCCGUCCCAGCCAUCCGAGAGGAGGCCAGAGCCAUGGGGAUGGAAGACAUUCUUCGCUGCUUCAUCAAGGAAGGCAGUGCUGAGAUGAUCCGCCAGAUCGAAUUCAUCAUCAAACAGCUUAACUCAGAGGAGCCCCUGGACAGCGUUCUGGAAUCUGAUGACGAAGAAGAUGAAGAUGAUGAGGAGGACCACGACACCAUGGAGGCUGACCUGGACAAAGAUGAGCUGAUCCAGCCCCAGCUGGGAGAACUGUCAGGCGAGAAGCUCCUGACAACGGAGUACCUGGGGAUCAUGACCAACACAGGGAAGGCGAGGCGGAAGGGUCCAGCCAGUGUGCAGUGGAGUGGGGAUGAGCCUCUGUGCCGACCUGUCACCCCCGGCGGCCACCGGAGUGGGUACCCAGCCCUGGAAGACUGUGCCCCCUCCCCACAGAUGGCCUGGCGCACAGGGACCGCCCACCUUCCUGCCCACCAGGGUGCUGGGCCUGGAACCCCGGAGCCUCGACUUUCCCCUGCCUCCACCAUCCGCAUCAGGCCAGGAGAGUGGCUGCUGGCUGGGCCUCAGGGAGAGUCUCGCCUGCCCGCAUCGGGGGCCUCCAGCCAGAGAGAGAAACACCAGGACCUGGGCAGUGGAGACACCAUCAGAGACUCAGCAUUGGCCCCCACCUGCAAGCCGUGGACCCCCAGGACCUCCCGUACCCCAGAGCUCCUGGCCCUAGCCCCCCAGUUCUCCUCCUGUGGCCCCCAGCCAGCCAGCCGCCCCGGCUCUACUUCAUCCUCUGCAAGGAGCCUGCACAGCAGCCAGGCCUAUAGGAAGUGAGGAUGGUGUCAGCGUCCCAGACCCGAGGACUAGCCAGCUUCCGGUCCAGGCCAGCUGAGAGCCACAGCUGAGAAGAGACACAGUCCAGAGACCCCCCUGGCCGGGAGCCAAGCCCCAGCCCUUCAUUAUCCUCCCUGCAAGGACACAGAAGGGACUGUGCAUCCCAGCACAAGCCCCAGGACUGGACAGCACAUCAGCUCGCCUCUUCCUCUUAAACUCAGGGGACAAGACGGGACAGUCCCACAGACCAAGGACACAGGGGUUUCCACAUGCCUCCACACACAGGCAUUUUCUAGGCUCCAUUCUGACACAAAUUCUAAUGGCAGUACUGGCCACAUGACGGGUCUGCUGGGGGAGGCCUGUGCUCCCUCCCUCCAAAGGACCAUCAGCUCAGGACAAAGAAGGACGGUUCCUGCACAGCAGCAAGGUGUCCCCAAGAUAGAGGCAUAGCCUGUGCUCUCCUGCAACAAACACGGAAAUAAACGCAAUCAGUAUUUUUAAUGUGUGUGCAUAGGGGGGACAAGCAAAACCAGAACAGUGCUCAGUUCUGGCAUGUAUGUUGCUGGGGGUUGAGCCUGAGAUCUCAGGCCUGCAAGUCCUGUGCUCUCCCGCUGUGCUAUCUGCCCAGCUUUUCAAUCAAUUUAGGUGUUUUUUUUUAUUAUUAACAUGGUGCCAGGAUCUUGCCCACUCGCCAUAGCACAGCUGAGAAUCCUCCCUACAUCAAGAUUUUCAUUCUUUAGAGAGUUAGAGGGAAGGGGCUAAGCAGGAGUGUACCUGGUUAAGCACACACAUUACAGUAUGUAAGGACUAGGGUUCAAAUCCCUGGUCCCCACCACCUGCAGUGUGGGGGAGAGCUUCACGAGUGGUGAAGCAGGGCUGCAGGUGUCUCUCUGUCUCUCUCCCUAUCGCCUUCUCCCCUUUCAAUUUCUCUGCCUCUAUCCAAUAAUAAAUAAAUAAAAAUGUUUUUAAAUAUCUUUUUAAAUAGGGGCCAGGUGGUGGCUCACCUGGUUAAGCACUCACAUUACAGUGUGCAAGGACCCAGGUUCAAGCCUCUGGUCCCCACCGGCAGGGGGAAGCUUCACAAGUGGUAAAGCAGGGCUGCAGGUGUCUCUCUGUCUCUUUCCCUCUCUUCCUCUCUCUCCCCCUUUUAAAGUAUUUUAUUUAUUCAUAAGAAAGAUACCAGACAUCACUCUAGUAUAUGUGCUGCGAGGGAUUGAACUCAGGACUUCAUGCUCGAGAUUCAGUGCUUUAUUCACUGCACCACCUCCUGGAACACUCUCUUUCCCUCUUUCUAUCUUCCCCUCCCCUCUCAAUUUCUCUGUAUAUCCAAUAAUAAAUUUUAAAAAUUUUUAA